UAUUUAACUUUUGAGAUUCCCAAACCAUAUUCUCACUUUUCUCUCUCUCUCUCUCUGCCCAAACCGUGACCUUAGUCUGCGUAUCCCUCGAUCGGCCGGCACUGUCUCCAUCCUUCGACCGGCGGCGAGCGGCGGCGGCGGCGGCGGCGGCGGCGACUGAGGUUUUUGUGCCGCAUUUGAAGUGUUGCAAGAAAAUAAAGCCAUACUGAGAUGCUCAAAUCAGAAGGAAUGGCCGAAGCAGCUAAAAGCAAACCAGUGAUCGGUCUUUCAUGGGAACCGAAGCUGCCUCCACUUCCAUCUGGAACCAAAAAGGGGUCUGAUAAGCCUCCUCAAACUUUGCCUGAAAGUAGUAGUAGUAGUGCUGCGGUGUAUAAAUCUAACACAGAGCUCAUAGACGGCCUGUUUGUUCCACCGAACAACCCUAAAAAGUUGAACAAAUUACUGAGGAAGCAAGUCAAAGAUACUGCUGGGAAGAAUUGGUUUGACAUGCCUGCCCAAACCCUCACCCCUGAGUUGACGAAAGAUCUUCAGCUACUCAAGUUGAGGAGUGUCAUUGAUCCAAAGAGGCACUACAAGAAGGGUGAUUCAAAAUCGAGAACAGUUCCCAAGUAUUUCCAGGUGGGCACAGUGAUAGAGUCGGCAUCAGACUUCUUCACAGGUCGGCUUACUAAGAAGGAGAGGAAAGCAACCCUUGCUGAUGAGCUACUCUCUGAUCAUACCCUUGGGGAGUACAGGAAGCGCAAGGUUCGAGAGAUUGAAGAACAAAACCGUCCUGGAGGGGUGGAGAAAUGGAAGAUAAAAGGUAGACAGUCUUGGAAACGUGCUAAGCAAAGAAGACACUGAUGGCUUUCGAUGUUGUUGACCCUGCAAAGGAUAUUUUUCUCCAGCCAAGUUCAGUUUUUGUGUUGACACAUAUGACACAUACCAGUGGUAGAUGUUAACAUUUGGUCUUGUGCCAUAAUGAAAUGAGAGCAGUCAAUCAGAUCAACAUCAGGCGCGUUUAAUCAUUAUAGAUUAUAUUUAUACACAUCACAUGAAUUUAUUGAUUGCUUGCUUUUUUAUGUAUUGACUGUUAAUGUUUUAGACACUUCUCUAGAAGAUGGCUAUUAAUGUUGUAUGAAGUUUUGGAUUUGUGUGGCAAAUUGUCAUUAUUGAGAUGGAAGGACAGUUAAUUGCUUUUGGCGUCUGGUU